CAGGUGUAAAAUUACUUUUUAUAUUUUGAUGAUGGAUUUACUAUCGGAAAGGUUGUUCACAAUAACUGUUCCCUUUGCUGCUAUUCUUAUACGUUGGCUUGUGAGUACAGGAUCUUAUUCAGGUAUGCACAAGCCCCCCAUGUAUGGUGACUAUGAAGCACAAAGGCAUUGGCAGGAGAUAACUGUAAAUCUUCCAACUUCAGAUUGGUACAGAAACACAACUGAUAACGAUUUAAUGUAUUGGGGGCUUGAUUAUCCUCCACUCACAGCAUAUCAUAGCUGGGCCUGUGGAAAAGUUGCAAGAAUUCUGGAUCCAGAUUGGGUUGAACUGCAUCAGUCUCGUGGGAAAGAAGGAUAUUAUCAUAAACUCUUCAUGAGAUAUACUGUGCUUCUGAUUGACAUCUUACUAUUUUUCCCUGCAAUUUAUUUAGUCUUUAUUGAAAAAAAUAGAAGCCAAUACUCAAGACGUGUCGCAUUGCUUGUGGCAUUGUUUUAUCCAGGAAUAAUUCUGAUUGACUAUGGACAUUUUCAAUAUAACAACAUGAGUCUUGGAUUAUUUAUAUUUGCUGUUUAUUUCUUACAAUGCAAUCAACAAAUACUUGGUGCGAUUUUGUUUUGUUUGUCUUUGAACUACAAGCAAAUGGAACUGUAUCAUUCAAUACCAUUUUUCUGUUUUCUCCUUGGAAGAUCGAUGCAACAUGGAAUCAUAUCAGGAUUCUUCAAUGUGUCAAAGUUAGGGUUGACAGUCAUUGCAACAUUUGCUCUAUGUUGGCUCCCGUUUCUUACUUCUGUUCAAUCUGUUGAAACUGUGCUGGGACGAUUGUUUCCUGUUGGACGAGGAUUAUAUGAAGACAAAGUAGCCAAUGUUUGGUGUUCAAUUUCACCAGUUUUGAAGAUAAAAGAACUUGUACCGGCAAAUCAAGCAAUAUACAUUUGUAUUAUUUCAACACUUUUAUCAUGUCUUCCAUCAUCAAUUCAGUUAUUACGAAAUCCAACAAUGAAAGCUUUUAAUUUUUCAUGUGUUAUCGUGUCUCUGGCUUUUUUCUUAUUUUCUUUUCAAGUUCACGAAAAAUCGAUUUUGAUUCCAGCUGUAUCCGCACUUUUAAUUUACAACAAUGCACCUUUUCUUGUGUCAUGGUUCCUCCAUAUUUCGGUGUUCAGUAUGACACCAUUGUUCAUGAAAGACGGAUUGAUGCUUCAAUAUUUUGUCACAAGAUAUAUGUUUAUGCUAAUUACUUAUGUCGGAAACAAGGAUUCAUUGAAGCCAAGUUCCAGUAUGAUUAAAACUGCUCGAUUUCUUAGUUGCAAUAUUGUGUCAUCUUCAAUGGUUUCAGCCAUUUUACAGUUCAAGAUGUUUUUCUCCACUGUCCUUGCUGAUCUUCUAACGUUGUGCCUAAUGUUUGUGGAGCCACCAGGAAGAUUUCCUGAUUUGUGGCCUGUUUGCAUAUCAAUGUUUUCAUGUUUGCACUUCUCAGGCUGUCUUGUAUUUUUUACUUGUAUGCAGCUCGUAUGCAAUUCCACAACUACGAAAAUGAAAAAAAUAUCUUAGUCUAAUAAUAUGAAAUAUUUUUUGGUCAUAGAGGUGCUUUAGAAAGCCAAAUCAUAGCCAUGAAAAUCUGUAACGUAAAAUUUCUUAAAAUAUGCACAUAUGAAAAUAUGCACAACGAACAAAAAUAAAUAACACAAUGCUAAGCAAAGGACUUAACAUCGUUAGUGUCAAAUA